ACAUUUUUCACAGUAAUUUAUCUUAUGAAUCUAUUUAUUGGUUUGCUUAAUAUGGCAAUUGAAAAAUAUGACAAUUAUGAAGAAUUCUUACUUCAAAAAGCAAAGGUUAUCAUGGAAAUUGAAUUAUUUUACAUGUUACCUCGGCACAAAAAAAAGAAAGAAUGGUUUCCAGAUUGGAUUCAUUAUAGUAUUCCUGCUAAUGAGGUUCGUAAGUUCAUUAUAGCAAUUGAUAAAAAUAAAACUGGAUUUAAAUUUGAUCCACCGUUUAUCAGUAAAAAAUUAAGAAGUUUAGUAGAUGUUGAAGAUGUUGAAGAUAAAGAUAGACAAGAAGAAGAAAAGCAUCAAGCACAAAUAAAAAAUAUGGAGCGUAAACUUGAAGAUAUGCACAAAUUAUUAAAAGACCUUGAAAUUUUUAAAAAUGCAGAUGAUAAUAAAACUAAUAUUUAAUCAGUGGAAAAUUUGAUCUUGGAUAUUUUAAUUAGUCAUAACAGAUAAAAAAUUGAAUUAAAUAUUGGCUGAAAGACAUUAAUUUAAAAUUUUAACAGCAAUAAUAUAAGGGACUUAUUUACUGUCCGUUAACUUAUUUAAAAAUUUUUGUUGAACAGUUGACUAUAAAGUGUUUAAUUUUAACUUUAUCCAUUCAAUUUCACUUUUCCUGGCUAAUUAUAGUGAGCUUUGAUUCAGUUGCCAUUCAUAAAAUAAACCUAACAUCGAUUAAAAAGCUUAUUUGAAGUAAUAACCGUUAACUUAUUUAAGCAAAAUUUCGCUGGUAGUGAUAUAGAUAGGCGUAAAAAUUUAUUUCAGAAAUCUAGUGUAGAUGGGGCUGAGAAUCUUAUAGUUAACAAUAG